CCGACUGGCCACAAAGUCAACGACGUGGCAACCACAACGAGGGACGAACUUCUUCUUACUUGUUCCAUCGAAUUAACGAGAGGCCAUUUAGGAGACUCGGUUUAUUCAGUUCUGCAAGAAAAGCUGGGAUGUUCGUUUUCUGCAAGAGAAACAUAUCAUUCACAACAGGCGACCAUCCAUCCCCACACAACCUUCCGCCAACCAUUGGCCAAUGGCGCCACCGCAUAAGGUCGCCGCCAUGACGGUGGGGUGGCCGGCCUCGGCAUUUGUUGCCUCCGUGCUCGCCCGCCUUAUCCGCAAGGGCCUCACGCUACUGGCUGAGCUCGACGAGGCUGCGGUCGGUCACCUGCGCCGCCUCGAGGGCCUCCUGGCGCCCGUCUGGCGUGUGCUCGACGCGGCAGACGCUGGGGCCAUCGACUUCAGACAGCGUCCCGUUCAAGACCUGCUCGACGCCGCGUACUCCGCCGACGAUGCCCUGGACGACCUCGAGUACGAGCUCCUCCAGCUUGACUUUGAAAUGGCAAGAGGAGGCAAGCCCAGCGCAGAUGCCGGAGCACCCACCUCGGUCGUCGGCGCUUCCAGGAAGCCACAGAGUCCUCUGAGGUUCUUACUAUGCUUCAGCCCGCCCAGAACUGCAGUUGCUGGUGGUAGCAGCAGCGCCGCUACCUCUCAUGGGAAAAGCUCAAAGAAGAAGAAGAGGAGCAGCGUCAAUUUGGAUGGAUUAAGAGAUGCUCUUGAGACGAUGGCACAGGCUGCUUACAGGUGCACAUCUAUGUACGAGCACGUUGUGCCGAGGAAAAAUUAUGCCACCAUUAUUUCCGUAAAUGCAAGGGGUGCAACUGCAACGUCGGAAGCCACACGUGAUCUGUACGACGACGUCUUCGGUAGGGAGCCUGAGGUGGACCAGAUCAUGGAGAAGGUGACGUUCGGCGAUGAUCUGCAUUAUCGCCUUGGUGUCGGUGUCCUGCCUGUUGUCGGGGCAGAGGGGGUCGGCAAGACAGCGCUUGCGCAGCUCAUCUUCCACCACGAGAUGAUAAAAUCCGAGUUCCCCGUGCGUAUGUGGGCGCACGUCUCGGGCAAGCUCCUGCCCGUCGAGCAGCUAUUGGUUCAGAUGAUACAUGCAGUUGAGGAAGAUGGCCGUCAAAUCGAAGACAUUAGAGAGCUUCUGCUCGAGCAGUUGACUGGCAAGAGGUUUCUGCUUGUGCUUGAUGAUGUCACCGAUGUCUCUGAUAUCCAGUGGAAGGAUCUGAUGGAGGUGCUGCAACCAGCGGCUAGGAGGAGCUUGAUCCUAGUGACAACUCAAUCUGAAAGUAUGGCAAAAGCAAUAUGUACAAUGCGCCCAUUGAUCAUCAGCCAUCUAGCAUUCGAUGACUACUGGAAGAUGUUCAAGCAUUUUGCAUUCGGGGGUGCAGACGAGAGCGAAGAUUGCACCCUGUUGGGGGAUGAGUGGGACGACCUCGAACAGGAAGAGGAUGAGCUGUCACCUAUGGAGCAAAUAGCGUACAAAAUAGCCAAGAAAAUGGGCUGCUUACCGUUACCAGCACGGGCAAUUGGGAGAUCACUUUACUUCCGGCAGGGCGAAGAGGACCACUGGAAAAAUGUACUGGAGGACAAUAUGUGGGAGCAGCAAGAGAUCGCCGAGAUCCCACAGGCAUUGUGGCUGAGCUACCAGCACCUCGAUCCCCGCCUCAAGCAAUGUUUUGCAUACAGUGCAGUGUUUCCAGAUAACUAUGUCUUUAGAAAGGAAGAAUUGGAGGAGAUGUGGAUAGCACACGGUCUGAUAUAUUCUGAUGACCCUGCAGCAAGAUUGGAGGAUGUCACCAGCAAUUUCUUUGAUGAACUUGUUGAUCGAUGCUUCUUUCAGCCUUUGGGAUGUGACAAAUAUGUCAUGCACAAUAUGAUGCAGAAGCUAUCACAAGCAGUCUCAGUGAGCCAAUUUUACAUGGUUACUGACAGCUCGGGAGAAGUGCCACAUGAAGUUCGUCACCUGACAAUCACGACUAACAACCUGUUGAAGCUGAAGUUGGAUUUGGCAUUGCAGCUCCCAACUUCCUCUGAUAAUCACUUCCUUCAGCAGGUUCGUACAAUUCUAUUCUGUGCAGAUUUCAGCGAUUCAGAUGAUUUCUUCGAAGUUUUAGCUGAAAUUUUCUCGAUUGCAAAGUGUGUGAGAGUUCUUGGGUUAUCAAGCGGAAACAUUACCUCUCUGCCUGCUGAGAUUGGCUUUCUCCGGCGCCUUCGGUAUCUCAAUCUGUCCAGGAACAGGAUCACUGACCUUCCAGAAACAGUGUGCCAGCUUUACCUACUGCAGGUCCUGAAAGUCAAGUGCAAUUCUCCUUUUCUCCGUCCUCCCAGGGGCAUUACAAAUCUGAUUCACCUGAGGCAUUUGCAUGCAAGUGAGUUGUUUCUUUCGGGCAUACCUGACAUACAGAAUCUCAAAACUUUACAAGAAUUGGAGGCAUACCAUGUCAGCGCUAGCACCAGUAUCAAUGCCUUACGACAAAUGGUGCAACUCACAGGCGCACUUCGCGUUGCAAAUCUCUGUCAGAGUGAUGUUAGUGAGUUCAAGAAGGGUAUCUUGAAGGGAAUGAAGCACUUGAACAAAUUACACCUUUCUUGGGAUAGCUCUACUGGUGAAAGCAAAGAGAUAUCCAUCGAUGAAGAGGUACUAGAGUGCUUGCAGCCACAUGAGAAUAUAAAGGUUCUGAUAAUUACGGGCUACGCAGGCAUAAGAUCUCCAUCAUGGAUGCUGAAUACCUCUUGUUCCGUCUUGUACGCAACAUCUGUGUACUUAUCAGAUUGCACGAACUGGGAGAGCCUGCCUUCCUUACAUGACAUGCCUUGCCUUGAGGUCCUUGAGAUCAGAAGGAUGCAUUCUCUUAACAAGGCAGGCAUUGUUCCUCAACGAUCAGAUCAAGAAUUGUUCCCAAAGCUCAAAAGGCUCGUCAUUGAAGACGCCUUGCAUUUCACUGGAUGGACGACAGGCAACCUAACAAGAAACAUGAUAUUUCCAUGCCUCUACAAGCUGGAGAUAAGGAAUUGUCCCAACCUGACUACCUUUCCAGAUAUUCCCCUUUCACUUUCUAUCAUGAUUAUUGAGAAUGUUGGUCUUGAUAUGUUGCCAAUGAUUCAUGACAAGCAAACAACAGAAGAAGAAUCGAUCUCAACACCAGAAGAAGGUAGAUGGACAUCACGGCUCACCACACUACAAAUACAUCAGUGCCACAGAUUGAGGUCCCUCGGAUCCGGCCUUCUUCAGCAGAAGCACCUCCUGCGAUCUCUGGAGGUUCUGUCAAUUAAGAGCUGCAACAACAUCAUUUGUGAUCUGUCUGAUGGUUUCAAAGAUCUCACUGCAUUGAGAGAACUCUCGCUCUAUGACUGCCCAAAGCUGCUCGUCGAGAAGUUUCAUGCGUCAUUGAGAACAUUAGAGAUCAGCGAGUGCUUCAUUGCGCAGGGUGGAUGGGUGGACGAGUACCCUUUCCUCUUCUCACUGUGGACACUAAAGAUCAGCGGUUGCCCACAUGUAAGCGUUGAUCAGGGGAGCGAGAUUGACCAAUUGGAUUGGUUGAGCUCCCUGUUCAAUGUGUACAGCCUUCAACUGGAGAACACAUUGUUUGUGAAACUGAGCAUGUUCGGUAAGCUUCAUUCGCUUGAGAUAAUGGAGAUUGAUGGAAGUCCCACAUUCUUUGAUGACUCAUCAGAAUUUGGGUGGCUGGAGAAGCUGCAGACUCUCAGCAUUAGGAACUGCAAUGAGUUGUGUGGGCUUCCAGAUAAUUUGUACACUCUGCCUGCACUAGAAGAGCUAUGCGUAGAAAACUGUCCAAGUAUUCAAACAUUGCCAGCAAACGGCCUGCCCGCAUCGCUGAAGAGAAUCUCCAUCUCUAAGUGCAGCCCAUUGCUUACUCACCGUUGUCUUCAUGCUGAACUUGAUAGGCCAAGGAUUGCAAAUAUUGGUGGUGUUUACAUUGAUAGGCAAUAUAUUACUCCAGAAGAAUAAUGUGAUGUUCUGUUUGCCCUGUUUCUACAGGGAUUGUAAAUCUGAAGUACUUCAAUUAUCUAAAAAAACGCAUCCAGAAUACUUUGUAACCUU